UGAAAAUAAUCCGUAAAUUUAUAGCAUGAAUAAUAUUUCACAAACAGAAGUUAUCGACAACAUUAAUAAUCACACAUGUAUUGACCAUUUCCCAUGGUUAGAAGUAUUUCAUCAAAACUAUCAACGAAUCCAUGUUUAUUUGUGCCUGAUUCUCUGCCCUGUUGGUGUCAUAGCUAAUACAUUAAACGUGGUUGUUUUAUGUCAACCACGUUUACGCAGUCCAACAAAUUUACUUUUAACUGUACUAGCAGUCAGUGAUGGUUUUGUGAUGUUUAUUUACAUUAUAUUUGACUAUUUUUAUUUAAUGACACCAAGGCUAACAGAUGGUAUGACUAAAGCUUACGCGCAAUUAUUACUAGUUAAUAUUGUGUUACAAAACUUAUUUCAUGCCUUCUCUGCAUGGAUUAUUGUCGCUGUAGCGAUAUUUCGCCUGAUUUAUAUCAAAGCUGGUGUGCGUGCCGCUAUCUACUGUAAUACAGUCAAAGCAUGGAUAGCAGUUCUACUUGUAUUGGUCAGCUCCAUUCUUCUCACAAUACCAUUUAUGAUUGCACAUCAAGUUCGUGUCAAACCUAGUGAAAGACUGAUGUCAGUCACACAAUCAUCAAUGGAUAGAACAGAUAGCAAUACAAUGAGUAAACAGUUAAAAUCGAUUGAAGUUUACGAAGUUGACUAUACAACAAAUAUUAGUCUAAGAGUUAUAUUAUUCUGGAAUUCAGCUAUCCUUGUAAAAGCACUACCAAUAAUAAUUAUGACAACUGUAAGUGCAGCUUUAAUAUCCUCCAUAAGAGAAUCAGAAAAGCGCUAUCGUAUAUUAAGAAGAUAUCGUAAUUGUAAGGAUUUUCAGGCAACAUUAGAAACCACACGUGUUGAAAGUCUUUUAAAUAAUGCGAAUGAAAAUUCAAAUCCAACAAAUCAGCAUAGAAAUAAAUCAAAUUCACAUCAUGAAUCAUAUUCUGGUGGUCGUAGUGCAAAUCAAACUACGUAUAUGUUACUAACUAUUAUUAUAUUAUAUAUUGUUACAUAUUUACCACAGAAUAAUACCGGCCAUGAAACCAACUUUUCUAUGUAUUACGCUUAAAAUACCAGGGAUGAAAUUGUGUUCAGUGCUAUUUAUAUAUACCGGCAUGAUCCACUACUCAUCGUGUUGUUUGCCAACAUAGAAGCCGACGUACUUAUCUGCAAGUGUCACAAGUUUCUACAGAUGAUGUGAAUAUGUUUCCGCUUUGCUCCUGCUGAACAAUUUUCAGGGUGGUUGCUUCAGCGCUACGGUAUACGAAAGACUGGGUGAUUUCUUGGAUUUCUUGACAUUGAUUAACAAUGGCUUAAAUUUCAUCUUAUAUUGUGUAAUGUCACGACAAUUCAGAUACACAUUUCUGCAAUUAUUUUGUCCAUUUUUAAGCUUGUAACGUUUGCGAAAAAAUGAGAUUAUUAGGAUGGAAAAUGAAACAUAUUUCUUUGUACAAGAUAAAUCUAUAAAUAAUUCUCA